AUGGCGGCGCCUUGGCGCUGGGCGUGGCUCGUCGUCGCCGCGCUCGCGCGGCCGGCGCUCCCGAGCCACCACGGGAACCGCGUCGCGGACUGGGUGCGGCACCGCCAGCACCCGGACGCCGACGCGAAGCCCCCGUCCGCCGCCGCGGCGCCGCCGGCGGCGCCCGCCGCGGCGGAGCCGCCCGCGGCGGAGCCGCUCGAGGAGGGCGAGGCGCCGCCGCCGCCCGCCGAGGCGGCCGCCGCGGGCGCGGACGCGGCGGCCCUCGACGAGGCGUCGCGCGCCGCGGCGGAGCGCGCGGCGGGCGAGGCGCAGGCCGCGCUCGACGCGCUGACGGCGUACUACGGCGGCGACGCGAGCGUGCUGCGCCUGUCGCGGCGCAUGAACCGCGGCGUGACGGACUUCGGGCUCCACGACCGCAUCGUCGCGGCGCUGCUGGGGCCCGCGGCGCCGAAGCGCUUCGUCAUCGCGGUCCUGGGCGGCCGCGUGACGUCCGGCGAGGGCCGGUGGGCGUCGGCCGCGUGGCCCCGCGUGCUCGAGCGGCGGCUGAAGCCCUUCUUCACGUCGCUGGGCGUCGAUUUUGAAGUAAGAUCCGCGGCGGCGGCGUCGCGGAACCGCUUCCCGGACGCGUUCUGCCUGGGAGCGCUGUUGGGCCCCGACGUCGACGUCGUCAUCCGCGAGUGGAGCCCCAAGGGCAUGAGCGAGGGCCUGCCCGAGGCGCUGGGCUGGCUCGACGCCGGCCAGCGGUCGGACCUCGUCUGGAACGUGAACAUUUCGGAUAGGACCAACCGCAACAAGCAGGCGAGCCGCGUGCCGUUCCGCGAACUCGCGGCUUCGGAGGUCUUCCUCCGGACCGUCUUCGGGUUGCGGACGCGGCCGGCGCUCCAGUUCCUGAGCCUGGACAGCGACGGCGGCGACAACGCGAGCUCCCUGCGCCACGCCGUGGAGAAGGGCGGCGUCUUCUACGACGCGUACCGCCGCUACAGCACGUUCUUCUCGAGCUUCGGCGCGGCCUACGACCACCUCCGCAAGGUCCGCCAGGCGAAGCUCCACGACGGCGGUUCCAAGGACAGGUGCAAGGACAAGGACGUCAAGGUCUGCCCCAUCGACGCGGACAAACCGGACGGCUUCCACGCGCGCGCGGCCUACGACGGCUUCGACGCGAGCCACAAGUCCUGGGCCCAGUUCGUCGGCGGCGGCCUCUACGACAAGCGGGGCAAGUACCUGUCCCACCUGGGCCACGAGCUCGUCGGGAACCAGGUCGCCUACCACUACCUCCAGUACGCGAACACGACGCUGUUGAGGUUGCUCCGGUCGCGGACCGUCGCCGCGGACGUCGCGGCGCUCGUCGCGCGGUCCGCGAAGGCGCGCAACGUCAAGUCGCCGCUGCCCCACGCGGCGAUCUGCACGGGCCCGCUCUGCGACAAGCACCUGAGCCGGCCCAAGUGCGCCUACUCGUCCCUGCCCAAGCACGCGGCGCCCGACGUCGGCGAUCUGGUGUCGAACGCGUCCGCGGUGACGCGGUGGUCCAACGUCGCCGUCGGGGGCGGCAAGCACGACGCGUCCUGCGGCGACCUGGACCGCGCCGCGGCCUGCGGCGACGAGACGUCCCUGGAGUGCUUCUCCCACGAGAUGGCCUGCAGCCACGGCGGCCAGACGCGGGCCUUCGAGGGCUUCGCCGGCUCCGGCCCGCUCCAGCUCGACGUCGACUUCUCGCGCGCGGCGCGCUGCGCCGUGCUCAUCUCCGAGCCGACGACGACGGGUCCGCGGCCCAUCACGACGGCGAACUGGAAGACGGAGCUCAAGGUCACCGUCGAGGGCGCGCCGUGCGGCCCGCCCGCGUGCGUCGCCGUCGGCGGCGACGGCGACCCGACGCAGUCGCUCUACAUCGACCUCGCGAAAGUCCCGGACUGCGACGAGUGCAAGACGUGCUGGAUGCUCCAGCCCGUCCACGUCGACCUCGAGGUGUCGCCCCUGCCGGAGCUCGGCGCGGACGUCUGCGCGCUCCGCGACGGCGCCUGCGCCGCCGCGGGCGACUGGGCCCACUACGACCUCGGCUGCACGCCCCGGCCGAACCGCAAGGACGCCUGCUGGCGGCCCCUGCUGCGCAACGUCUACUCGGGCGAGCUCUCGGACGUCCGCAACCCCCAGAUGGUCCGCGCCCUCGUCAACUCCAUCGUCGCGACGGUCGUGCGCUGGCGGCGCCUCGGCAAGCGCUUCGUCUUCAUGGACGUGCGGCGCGACGGCUCGGCCGAGGAGUGGCAGCUGAGCUGCGACGCGAACACCUUCGCCGGCGCGGAGCGCGCCGCCGUCGUCCGCGUCGCCGCGCGCGACGAGCCGAACCCGUCGAAGCGCGGCCUCCGGGCCCUGCGCUGCGAGGCCGUGGCGACGGUGCGCGAGAUGGGCCGCGACGAGGACACGAAGCUCGUCGUCCCGCGGGACCCGCGCGACGUGCUCUGCAAGCUCUGGGCCCGGGGCGCGUGCAAGAAUCCCCGGUGCCCCUACCGCCACGCGUUCGCGACGGACGGCGAAAGGCGCUGGUCCGAGGGCGCCAAGCUCCGGCGGCUCGCGGAGCUGAAGCGCGAGGGCGACGCGCGCGACCCCUGGGCCGAGCGGGCCGAGGGCGCGUCGCGGAGCCACAAGAACGCGAAUUUCGACGACGCCGAGAAGCGCGCGCACGCCGCGCGCCACUCGGAGUUCGCGACGUGGCUCCUGGACACCUUCGGCCGCGCGACGCUGGAGCAGGGUCCGAUCCUCGACGUCGCGGGCGGCAAGGGCGCGCUGGCCUGGGAGCUCCAGUGCGUCCACGGCAUCGACUGCGUCACGCUGGACCCCCGGUUCCGGAAGCCGCUCUGCCGGCGCCGGCGCAAGCUCCUCCGGAAGCGCGCCGCGGGGUCGAACGGCGCGGCGGCGCGCGAGCCGGGCCACGUCCGGGGCCUGCUGGACAGUGUUUUCGAGGCGUCGCCCGAGGGUCGCGCGCUCCUCGCGGCCUGUUCGGCGAUCGUCGGGUUGCACGCGGACGAGGCGUCGGAGGCCAUCGUCGACGCGGGGCUCAAGUACGGCAAGCCCUUCGCCGUGGUCCCGUGCUGCGUCUUCCGCGACCUCUUCCCGGCGCUCCGGAAGGCGGACGUCGCGAGCCACGCGGACUUCUGCGACUACCUCCUCCGAAAGGACGCGGGCGUCGGCAUGGGCUUCCUCCGCUGCGUCGGCAAGAACAAGGUCAUCUACCGCGCGACGGCCGCGGCGCCGCGGCCGGACGUCGUCCUCGCGCAGCCCGAGGACCCGCUCUACCUCCCCGCGGGCGCGCGCCUCGAGCGCCAGCGGAACCCCGAGGACCCGCUCCACCGCCCCGAGGACGCGGGCGGCUAA